AUGCUUUGCCUUAUCAGCCGAACUUCUCGUCGGCAAAGGGAUGGAGCUACGCUUCAGCCAGAUCGUGAGAUUGUAAUGGAGUUCAUAAAACAGGACGAGUUUAAAUACAUUCGAGCUCUGGGUGCUCUAUACUUGCGAAUGGUCUUCCCGUCGCUUGACACGCUUGACAUCUACAAUUAUUUGGAGCCAUUGUAUAGUGACUUUCGAAAGCUUCGGGUGAUGAAUCAUAUGGGCAGAUUCGAAUUGAUGUAUAUGGACGAUUUCAUUGAUAUGCUAUUGCGAGAAGAGUCCGUGUUCGACAUCCAAAUGUCACGCUUACGGAAACGAAUCGCUCUUGAAGAAAUAGCGGCCAUCGAGGAGUACAAAUCGCCUCUUGACGAGGAUCUUAGAAAGGUCUCCGAGUCUGAAUCAGACGAUGAUGAUAAGGCCACGCGCAAGAAGGAGAGGCCAAGUUUGAUUAGCCGAAAAAGAAGCAGAUCUCGAGAGCGUGGAGAGCGUGAUCGCGACGAUCGAAAGAAAAGAUUUUUGUUCCCUUGCGCAAAGCAGUUUUACUUUUCUGGUGGACCGUGUCUCGAGGCCUCGAAGAGCCGUGACGUGUGG